GCUGGCAAGCUCAAGAUCGACCAACGUCUCAUCCAAGACCCCGGGGCCAUGAAGAGGUUCCAAGAUGCUCUUCUAGAGAUGCCCCUCGAGCCCUGGUGCAGUGAGGUCAACGCUCACUGCUGCAUGCUCACUAGUGGGGUCCUACAGGCUGCGUCAGAGGUAUUCAGGCCCACUAUCAGGCUGGCUAAGGAUCCCUACGUCAGUCAG